UGUAGUGCGUCACAGGAAGCAGCGAGUAUUUCCGCUAUCUUGUUUUAGAUUCCAGUCGAGUUUACAAGGAGAGAAAUAGCUGCUCCACACGGUUGAACAACUGAAACAUCAGCGGGAGACAUUUUGGGUCCGAGUGUUAGCUAACGACUGUGACUGAGGAUCAUCAGCUGGGACAGGAAUAUGGCUCGGCCGAGGAAGAAAACCACUCCGGGGUGUUUAGCAUGAGGCUCCGCGGGGGGAAACGGCUGGAAGACAACAGUAAAAACUACAAUAAUAAUAAUAAUAAUAUCAAGAAGAAGCAAAGGAGGAGAAGGGCUAUCUGUGUGAAAACUGCCCGGUGACAUUUAAAAGAUGAAGAUGGGAGGGAUGGUGGAGCUGCUGGAGGUCUGCUGCCUGCUGCUGCUGUGGCUCAGCGGAAACUCACACUGCAGAGACUCUCAGCAGACAGAACACCUCUCCUCCUAUCAGAUGACUGUCCCUCGACCAGUAGGAGGCAGGCUGAGGCGGGACGUGGACGGGAGACUCCCCAAUCAGGUCUCUUAUGUCGUCACUGUGGAUGGAAAAGAUCAUGUUGUUCAUCUGGAGAGAAAUGAACUGCUGCUUCCUGCAGACUUCACUGUUUUCUCCUACAGUCAGAACGGAUCACUCAUCACAUCCAGACCACCUGUACAGGACCACUGUCACUAUCAGGGCUUCAUUCAGGACAUGAAGGGUUCUUCUGUUGCUAUGAGUAUCUGCAACGGCCUCAGAGGAGUGUUGCAUCUCGCUGACGACAGUUAUGGCAUUGAGCCGUCAGACUUUGCCCCUGACCAGCACCUGGUGUACCGCCUGCAGGAUGUGACAUCACAGCCCCGGGGGUGUGGCACGCCCCACGAUGAUGAGCGUGAUCAUGACAACAACGCCACGGAGCACGCUCAGUACAAACCUGAGGAAAUCCACCAUAGACAGCACAGCAGGAUGAAGCGAGCUAUUCUCCAUCAGACUCACUACGUGGAGCUGCUGCUGGUAGUCGACAACGACAGGUAUAAUUAUAUGAACAAGAACGAGACAGCAGUGAGGGAAGAGAUGGUUCAUCUAGCCAACUUUAUAGACAGCAUUUACGUACAGCUAAAUGUUCGGGUGGUGCUGGUUGGCCUGGAGAUCUGGACUCAGCAGAACCUGAUCAACACUGACGGAGGAGCCGGAGAGGUGCUGAGUCGCUUUACUCAGUGGAGAGAGAAAGAUCUGGUUCCCCGUCGCCGCCAUGACUCAGCACAACUCAUCCUGAAAAAGAGUUUUGGGGGAACAGCAGGAAUGGCGUUCGUCUCCACUGUCUGCUCCCGGAGCCACGGGGGCGGGAUCAACGCGUUCACCAAUAACAACAUUCCCUCGUUCGCCUCCAUCGUGGCUCAUGAACUUGGUCACAACCUUGGGAUGAACCACGAUGACGGACGUCCCUGUACUUGCGCCACCUCCGCCUGCAUCAUGAACUCUGGAGCCACAGGAUCCAGAAACUUCAGCAGCUGUAGUGCUGAUGACUUUGAGAAGAUGAUCUUGUUGACGGGGGGAACCUGUCUCCUGAAUGUCCCUCGGCCUGACGAGGCCUACAGCGCCCCCUACUGUGGAAACAAACUGGUGGACAUGGGAGAGGAGUGCGACUGUGGAUCACAGAAGGAGUGUGAGGAGGACCCCUGCUGUGAGUAUCAGACCUGUAAACUCAAGUCGGGAGCUCAGUGUGCAUAUGGAGAAUGCUGCUACAAUUGUCAGUACCUACCAGGUGGAACGGUGUGUCGGUCCAGUACAGAUGAGUGUGAUCUACCUGAGUACUGUAACGGCUCCUCGUCCCUUUGCCAGAGCGACGUCUUUGUCCAGAAUGGGCAGCCUUGCAGGAACCAGCAGGCCUACUGUUAUAACGGGAAGUGCCAAUACUACGACGGACAGUGUCGGGCCAUAUUUGGAUCCAAGGCGAAGGUGGCUCCUGAAAUCUGUUUUAAAGACGUCAACAGUAAAGGGGAUCGCUUCGGCAACUGUGGCUACCACAACUACGGCUACAAAAAGUGUGAAAGCAGAAACGCUCUGUGCGGGAAGCUGCAGUGCUCUAACGUUCAGAGUGUGACAGUGUUUGGCAUCGAACCGUCGAUCAUCAGCACGCCGAUCGGAGGAGCCAAAUGUUACGGAGUCGACUUCAUGUUGGGAUCAGACGUCCCAGAUCCAGGCAUGGUGAACGAAGGGACCAAGUGUGGAGACAACAAGGUCUGCAUAAACUUUGAGUGUCGCAGCACCGACAUCCUGAACUACGACUGUGACGUGGAGAAGAAAUGUCACGGACAUGGAGUGUGUAACAGUAACAGGAACUGUCACUGUGAGGACGGCUGGGCUGCACCUUUCUGUGAGGUCAAAGGUUACGGAGGCAGCGUGGACAGCGGACCCACCUGGAACGAUAAAGACACGUCUGUCCGAGAUGGUGUGCUGGUCUUCUUCUUCCUCGUCCUUCCUCUUCUCGCUCUGGGUGUGUUUGUUUUCCUGCGCAGGAACGAGCUGCUGCGACAACUCGGGUUGGGCCGCAGGAAGAGGUCGCAGGGAUACCAGGCUGAUGGUGCAGCUUCAGCCAAUCCCAGCAGAGGACCGCCUCCCAGAGCGCAGCCUCCAUCUGUUGCCCGGGGCAAUGCCAACAACAUUGUUAGAGACGGGCACCACGCUCAGCUACUGCCACCACAGGAGGUGGUGGAGACCAACAGGACGGCUUCCUCCUACGCUCUGAGGCCUCCCCCUCCCCCUCUAAAACCGAAACCUUCUGCUGCAUCUCAGCCUCUGGUGCCUCAAAGACCUGCCCCCGCUCCACCUGUUUAACCAAUCAGGGGGCCCUGCCCACCCCACCUGGAUGACAUCGCCUCUUUUUCUCCUCCUCUUCAACCCCAGUCACCCAACACUCAAAGCUGGUUACCUAGCAACAGCCAGGUAAGGAUUCUGGAGACAAGAUGGCAGACAUUCGGUCCUGGACUACGAACUGGACCAGGAACGGGACCGCCUGACCAGGAAACUAAACCGUCAGACAUCGGGACUGAACUGAAGCAGCUACUGUUCCUUACAGACUUUCUUUCUUUCUUUUGUGAUGCAUUGUCUGCUCUGUCACCAAACCAGCCAAUCAAUUUUACCUGUGACAUCAACAAGCCAAAUACUAGAUAAACUUGUUCUUACCAAAUCACAUUUUGUAUUCCUGCUGUUAAAAGCUCUUCUAAUAAUUUCACUUAUUUAAAUGAAGUUAUUUAGCAUGCUGGCUAACUUACAAACAAUUGUGAGUUAGGGUUCCAAGGUUACAAUUAAUGCUAGUUAGCUGCAGUGUUUCCCAAAUGUUAUACUACUGCUAGCAUUACAAAAUAUAUGUAGUUAGCUAGCCAGUUUAACUAAUGUUUGAUAGCUAAGCUUACAAGUUCAUGAGCUAAUGCUAAUUGGCCUUGUUACCAGUUAAACAGUUGGCACUGCUGAGUCAUCAAAUGUUUAUUCAUCAUCAUCAACAUUUUGUACUCUAAAAUUAUUUAAUUAAAACCGGCUAGCUAACAACACUAGCACGCUUACAAUGUUGUGAGAAAGUGCUACAUAGCAACAGUGUGUCCCAAAUUUCAUGCUACUGCUAGCGUUAUAAAAUAUUCACUGUAUAUUUAGCUAGCCAGUUUGGUAAUGUUUAACAGCUAGCAGUGCUAGCAAGCUUACAUGUUUGUGAGCUAAUGCCACUAGACCAGUAGCUUCCC